AUGGAGCGCUGGGUCUACGGCUCGCUCUGGCUCCUCUUCGCGGGCAGCCUCCUCCUGCGCCUCUCCCGCUCCCAGCUGCUCCUGACUCGGGCCCUGCUGCACCUGGGGCUGCUGGUCCUGCUGCAGUACCUGUGCCAGGUGUACCUGCCUCUGCCCCUCGGUGCCACGCUCACCGCCGCCGGCUGCUUGGCCCUGGGGUGCGUGGCCCAGAGGCGAAGGCUCCCCGUGGUGGGGAAAGCCGUCUUCAUCACAGGGUGCGAUUCUGGGUUUGGAAAGCAGGCCGCGCACCACUUGGAUUCCAUGGGCUUUAAGGUGUUUGCGAGCGUGCUGGACCUGGAGAGCGCUGGCGCCCAGGAGCUCCGGCAGCGCUGCUCGCCAAGCCUCACGCUGCUGCAGAUGGACCUGACCAAGCCGGAAGAUAUCCGGAAAGCCCAGCAGCUCAUCCAGCCCCAGACGGCGAGCACAGGGCUCUGGGGUUUGGUGAACAACGCGGGCUUCGACGACACCAUCGCUGACGCCGAGCUCUCCCCGCUCUGCAAAUUCCGCACCUGCAUGGACGUGAACUUCUUCGGCACACUUGAGCUCACCAAGGCGCUGCUGCCCCUGCUCCGCUCCGCCCGGGGCAGGAUUGUGACCGUCAGCAGCCCGGCAGGCGACAUGCCGUACCCUUGUUUAGCAGCGUAUGGGGCCUCGAAAGCUGCCCUCACCCUCCUCAUGGACACGUUCCGAAGCGAGCUGGAGCCCUGGGGGGUCAAAGUGAGCGUGAUCCUACCUGGCUACUUCAAAACUGGUACGAGUUGCGACCCUGCCUACUGGCAUGAGAAGAAGGAGCAGCUCCUGGCCAGCCUGCCCGCCGACCUGCUGCAGGCCUACGGGGAGGACUACAUCCAUGAGAUCAACAAGCAGUUUGUGAAAUUCAUGAAGACUGCAAACGAGGAUUUGAGUUCAGUGGUGAACAGCAUCACCGACGCCCUCAUCUCCGCCAGUCCGGCGGCACGCUAUUACCCGGGGGCCGGCAUGUGGCUCAUUUACUUCAUCCACCACUAUCUGCCCUCCGUCAUCAGAGACCUCUUCCUUAAAACUUUCUUCAUCAACCAAAAACUGCCCCGGGCCCUGCAGCCCAAGCACCAGAAUGGCCUCAAGCACGACUGACCCUCGCCCGCAGGCUGGGGCGGGAGACAGGAAGGCGCCUGGAGCUAUUGUAAAGCAGGGGCAGGGUGGAGGGAGUCUUCUCACUUUAUAGUCCUAGGCACAAACCUAGGUAAAACUGAGAGCACGUGUGUAUGGCACGACCCAGCCGCCACGGUGUUCUUGGGGGCCAGACAGGGAUAAUCAGCACACUCAGAAACCAGAUUGCUCUCUCUGAAUCAAACGGCUGCAGAUCUAUUUCCUACUGUGUAAGAAUCAAAGUGUGCUAGAGACCUUGGUUUGUAUUAUUUUUCUAACUGCGGGUGUGUCUCAUGACAAGGCCGCUGGCGCUACGCGAAAUAACGGCUGGAUCAUUGGCCCCUCAUCAUGGCCUGUACCUCAGUGAUUUUUCUCAGCUAAGUGAAUUUUUCUUUGCUGCUGCUGGAAUGUGAGUGUUAAUCUCUCCGCUGGCUCUUGACUGGCUCAAGAGCAGUGGUUUUUUUCUUGUCAGUGGAUCAAACCUGUGUCUGCCUCUCGGCGCAGCUUUUCACACUCCAGCCCAGGAGCCAGCGCUCCUGGACGUCAGCCGGGACUGUGGUGGCCGAGUCUCGAGCGGACGCUCUACAGAUCUUUUCACAGGAUGAAUUAUGUGAUUGUCACUUUUUAAAUAAACCGGUUAUUUGUAUUUCAGCUAAACCCUUGAGGCCUCAAUCUCUCUGGGUGGGAGGCGGUGGGGCCUCCCAGGAGAAAGCCACGCCCAGAGGUGUUGGAAACAGUCAUUAAAUCCAUCCCCCAGCCAGUGCAGGAUUGGGCCCUACCAGACUUGGCAGGGGGAGGAAAGUCUUUGGGUGAUGGCAGCCCUGCAGGGGUGCAGCUGUUUUCUGGACUGUUGUCUGUGUCGGGUUCUUUGUGGAUUGGUGUGUGGGGGUGUUAGUGGGUGGCUGGUGCUGUGAUUGUUGUGUCGAUGUUCCGGGGUUUGGCACAUCCACCCUUUUGUCGGUCUGGCGGCCAGGGCAGUGAUUGGGGGGGGGGGGGGGGCGCAGUAUGCAGGGGUGGUUGUGGCCAGCUUUGUGGGUGCUGUGGGAUGCGUUGCAGUGGGGGUAGGCAGGCCAGUGCCCAUUUAGCCAGGGAGACGGAACAGUUGGCUCUGCCAAGCCAUCUCCAGGACACUUGCGCAUGGCAUUGGCAUGUGAUGGAAUAUGUGCCCAGGUGCU